AACUCCAUCUCUUAUGUAGCUCUUGUAGUUUUUUGGUCUCUAUCUGUCUCUGCUGCCCAUUUGUGUUUAUAUCUACAAGCUUGCGAGUUACUUUAAUCUCUUAAUUUGGUUGAUUACUCGGUGCCUUAAUUCUCGUCAUGGGUAAUUGUGCAAGAGAAGUGCAGGAAGACCCGCAAUUUGUGCAGUGUAAGCUGAAUGAGCAUGGAGCCUUCCAUGCUACGCGUCAAAGAAGAUGCGCCAAUUACAAGCCUAACAUUUGGAAAUAUGAUACCAUCCAAUCUCUCUCCAGUGAAUACAGUGGGGAGACGUAUAAGAGAAGAGUGGAGAAGCUGAAAGAGGAGGUGCUGGGUCUGGUGUUGGAUGCAGCAGACCAAGGAAACAACGAAGUGGUGAUGUUAGAGCUGACUGACAGCAUUCAGAAGCUCGGUCUAGCCCAACUCUUCCUCAAGGAAAUUAAGGAAGCUCUCCACACCAUAGCUCUCAGCAGCAAUAUUAAUCCCAGACAAGAAAAGGAUCUGUAUGCCAUCGCCCUCCGAUUUAGGCUCCUGAGGCAGCACGGAUUUAAAGUUUCCCAAGAUAUUUUCAAUGGUUUGGUGGAUGAGAGGGGUUCACUCACCCAAAGCGCGCAAUCGAACUUAAAGGGAGUACUUGAACUUUAUGAGGCAUCACAGUUGGCCUUCGAGGGAGAAAGAAUCUUGAAUAAGGCUAAAGCUGCUUCCACCGCAUACCUUAAGCAAAUUUUGGUCACAAACUCAAUGGAGGGUCAUGAGGACGACCACAGUGCCAUGCUCAAACAAUUACUGUCCCAUUCAUUGGAGCUUUCAAUGCACUGGCGAGUACCGUGGUUUAAUGUCAAGUGGCAAAUUAACUCUUUUGAUCAUUCCAAGAAGUACUUGGACCUGCUUGAGCUAGCUAAACUAAAUUUCAACGUGGUCCAAGCAACUCACCAAGCAAACCUCAGAGACAUGUCCAGGUGGUGGAGGAACCUUGGGCUAAUAGAAAAUCUGAGCUUCAGUAGGGAUCGCUUGGUUGAAAGUUUUGCAUGGGCGGUGGGAGUUGCUUCCGAGACACAGUAUGGGUGUUUAAGAGAAUGGCUCACCAAAGUCAUUAAUUUCGUACUUGUAAUUGAUGAUGUCUAUGAUGUUUACGGUUCGCUCGAAGAAUUAGAGAGCUUCACCAGGGCAGUUGAAAGGUGGGAUCCGGAUGAAAUUAAACAACUUCCGGCGUGCAUGCAGACCUGUUUCCAAGCACUCUACAACACUACUGUGGAAGUGGCUCGUGAAAUCCACGAGGAGAGAGGUUGGACCAACGUAUUACCUCAUCUAACCAAAGCCUGGGCAGAUUUUUGUAAAGCAUUGUUUGUGGAAGCAAAGUGGUAUAACGAGGAAUACACGCCAUCACUGCAAGAGUACUUAAACAAUGGGUGGGUUUCAUCGUCGGGCCCCUUGCUUUGCCUUCAUGCAUUCCUCGCUGUAACCACAGGUAGUGAAAAGUCAGAAGGGGAGUUGGUGGAUUUCCUUCACAAAAAUGGGGACCUUGUCUACUGUUCAUCUCUUAUUGUUCGACUCUGCAAUGAUCUCGGAACAUCCACGGCGGAGCUAGAGAGGGGAGAUGCUCCAUCAUCAAUCCUAUGUUACAUGAGAGAAGGUAAUGCAUCGGAGGAGAAAGCUCGGCAACACAUCAAGGACAUGAUAAGCAGCACGUGGAGGAAGAUCAACGAGCAGUGCAUGGCAUUGCAAUCAUCUCCUCUGUUGCAACCUUUCGCUGGCUGCGCCACAAACAUUGCUCGGGUGGCUUACUGCAUUUACCAGCAUGGGGAUGGAUUUGGGGUUCAAGACCGAGAGACCAAAGAACAGAUCCUCUCUCUCUUCAUCAAACCCUUUCCUCUCAACUCAUAGAGGAAUUUGGAUCGAGUGGGUUCAAUACUGGUGUGUGUGUGUGUGUGUGUGUAUCAGAUAUGAUCAUACAUGCAUGAGGCUUAGGGUUUCUAAUUAUUUGAAACCAGCUCUAGCUUCUGCCUCUGCAGAUCGUUAAAAAUAAAAAAGAAAAAAGAAAGAUUAUGAUGAAUAUAAAGUCAAAAAGAUACUCCUCUUCUUAGCUUUGAGUCUUUCCUAUGUAUUGUUGGUUGGGAGAUAAGUGUUGGUGGAGUAAUUGUGUGUAUGCAUAUACCAUGGAGGAAAUAAAUGAUCUAAAUAUUUGUUAA